AUGUCCACGGAAAGGGAACUAACUCCCGGAUCAACGCAGCAAUUGCACCCGCUGUCCUACUCGGAUAUGGCCACACACAUUCAACUGAACGGAGUAAUAAUGGGCAAAUCAUUUAAUGAAUCACCAUGGACUUCUUCGCCGCCAAGGCCUCCAAGUCCGUCUCAGUCGCAGACCAGCUUCGAUACACUCUCACCACCGCCAGCAGGCGCGACGGUCAACCCGACAACGGUGGCGACGACGACCGGAACGCAAGGUGCCCAGGCACUCGGUGUCGUACCGGCCACACCACCGGCCCCACCAGACCUACCGGUGUUCACAUGUCCGCGCCGGCCAAAUUUGGGCCGCGAAGGCCGACCGAUUGUGCUGCGGGCGAACCACUUCCAGAUCACGAUGCCCCGGGGCUAUGUGCAUCACUACGACAUCAACAUCCAGCCCGACAAGUGUCCACGGAAGGUGAACCGCGAAAUCAUCGAAACGAUGGUGCACGCGUACAGCAAAAUGUUCGGCGCACUCAAGCCGGUGUUCGACGGGCGUAACAAUCUGUACACGCGCGAUCUGCUACCGAUCGGUAACGAUCGCGUCGAGCUAGAGGUGACGUUGCCCGGCGAGGGCAAGGAUCGUGUGUUCCGCGUCACAAUCAAGUGGGUGGCACAGGUGUCUCUGUUCAAUCUGGAGGAAGCGCUCGAGGGUCGCACACGGCAGAUACCGUACGACGCUAUACUGGCGCUGGAUGUGGUAAUGCGCCAUCUGCCGAGCAUGACGUACACACCGGUCGGAAGAAGUUUCUUCAGCUCUCCGGAUGGAUACUAUCACCCACUGGGUGGAGGCCGUGAGGUAUGGUUUGGUUUCCACCAGAGCGUCAGGCCAUCGCAGUGGAAGAUGAUGCUAAACAUUGACGUGUCGGCUACCGCCUUCUACAAAGCGCAACCGGUGAUCGAGUUCAUGUGCGAAGUGUUGGACAUCAGAGACAUCAACGAGCAGCGCAAACCGUUGACCGACUCGCAGCGCGUCAAGUUCACGAAGGAAAUCAAGGGGCUCAAGAUCGAAAUUACCCACUGUGGUACGAUGCGACGAAAGUAUCGCGUCUGCAAUGUGACUCGACGACCCGCACAAAUGCAAUCGUUCCCGUUGCAGCUAGAGAACGGCCAAACGGUAGAGUGUACGGUGGCGAAAUACUUCCUCGACAAGUAUAAGAUGAAGCUGCGCUAUCCGCAUCUGCCCUGUCUGCAGGUGGGCCAGGAGCACAAACACACUUACCUCCCGCUGGAGGUAUGCAACAUUGUGGCCGGUCAGCGUUGCAUCAAGAAGCUGACGGAUAUGCAAACGUCUACCAUGAUCAAGGCAACUGCCCGUUCGGCUCCGGAUCGAGAGCGAGAAAUCAAUAAUCUGGUGCGACGGGCCGAUUUCAACAACGACGCGUACGUGCAGGAGUUUGGUUUGACCAUCUCGAACAACAUGAUGGAGGUGCGAGGACGUGUGCUUCCGCCACCGAAGCUACAGUACGGUGGUCGUGUUUCCAGCAUGAGCGGACAAUUACUCUCCGGUCCACAGAAUAAGGUGAGCUUAGCAUUACCAAACCAAGGGGUUUGGGAUAUGCGAGGCAAACAAUUUUUCACUGGCGUCGAGAUUCGCGUAUGGGCUAUCGCCUGUUUCGCACCGCAGCGCACCGUGCGGGAGGAUGCACUACGGAACUUCACCCAGCAGUUGCAGAAGAUUUCCAACGAUGCUGGUAUGCCGAUCAUUGGUCAGCCAUGCUUCUGCAAGUACGCCACUGGACCGGAUCAGGUGGAGCCGAUGUUCAGAUAUCUGAAGAGCACCUUCAGUCACCUGCAGCUCGUCGUCGUGGUGCUGCCCGGCAAAACACCCGUUUAUGCGGAAGUGAAGCGAGUUGGUGACACGGUUCUCGGUAUGGCGACACAAUGUGUUCAGGCUAAAAAUGUCAACAAGACGUCACCACAGACACUGUCCAAUCUCUGCUUGAAGAUCAACGUGAAGCUGGGCGGUAUCAACUCGAUCCUGGUGCCAUCGAUCAGACCAAAGGUAUUCGACGAGCCUGUCAUUUUCCUUGGCGCCGAUGUAACACAUCCACCGGCCGGUGAUAACAAAAAACCCUCGAUAGCAGCAGUGGUCGGUUCGAUGGAUGCGCAUCCGUCGCGGUACGCGGCCACCGUUCGUGUACAGCAGCACCGUCAGGAAAUUAUUCAGGAGUUGAGUAGUAUGGUGCGGGAGCUGCUAAUUAUGUUCUACAAAUCGACCGGUGGUUUCAAGCCACACCGCAUUAUACUGUACCGGGACGGUGUAUCGGAGGGCCAGUUCCCGCACGUGCUUCAGCACGAGCUGACCGCGAUUCGUGAGGCGUGCAUAAAGCUGGAGGCAGAUUACAAGCCAGGCAUCACGUUCAUCGUGGUUCAGAAACGUCACCACACGAGGCUAUUCUGUGCGGACAAGAAGGAGCAAAGUGGUAAAUCGGGCAACAUUCCAGCCGGUACGACCGUCGAUGUAGGCAUUACUCAUCCGACCGAGUUCGACUUUUACCUGUGCAGUCACCAGGGCAUUCAGGGCACGAGUCGUCCGUCCCAUUACCACGUACUCUGGGAUGACAAUCACUUCGAGUCGGACGAGCUGCAGUGCCUAACGUAUCAACUGUGUCACACAUACGUGCGGUGUACUCGAUCCGUGUCCAUUCCAGCUCCUGCCUACUACGCACAUCUGGUGGCAUUUAGGGCGAGGUACCACUUGGUUGAGAAGGAGCACGAUUCUGGCGAAGGAUCGCAUCAGAGCGGCUGCUCCGAGGACAGAACGCCUGGUGCGAUGGCACGUGCCAUUACCGUACACGCCGACACCAAAAAGGUUAUGUACUUUGCUUAA